GCAGAGCUUACAUCACAUCCGCCGCCUGGGCACCCAAUUCCGGAAGGUGCAGCACAGCUGUGGCGGCGGGUACUGCGUUAGUGAUUAGGGUUUCUUCCCUGCCGGAGGUGGGAUACACGGUAGCAUCAUGGUCGAGGAGGUACAGAAACAUUCUGUACACACUCUUGUGUUCAGGUCAUUGAAGAGGACCCAUGACAUGUUUGUAGCUGAUAAUGGAAAACCUGUGCCUUUAGAUGAAGAGAGUCACAAACGAAAAAUGGCAAUCAAGCUUCGUAAUGAGUAUGGUCCUGUGUUGCAUAUGCCUACUUCAAAAGAAAAUCUUAAAGAGAAGGGUCCUCAGAAUGCAACGGAUUCAUAUGUUCAUAAACAGUACCCUGCCAAUCAAGGACAAGAAGUUGAAUACUUUGUGGCAGGUACACAUCCAUACCCACCAGGACCUGGGGUUGCUUUGACAGCAGAUACUAAGAUCCAGAGAAUGCCAAGUGAAUCAGCUGCACAGUCCUUAGCGGUGGCAUUACCUUCGCAGACCAAGGCUGAUGCAAAUCGUACUGCACCUAGUGGAAGUGAAUACCGACAUCCUGGGGCUUCUGACCGUCCACAGCCUACAGCGAUGAAUUCAAUUGUCAUGGAGACUGGCAAUACCAAGAACUCUGCACUGAUAGCUAAAAAAGCCCCUACAAUGCCAAAACCCCAGUGGCACCCACCGUGGAAACUCUACAGGGUUAUCAGUGGGCAUCUUGGCUGGGUUCGAUGUAUUGCUGUGGAACCUGGAAAUCAGUGGUUUGUUACUGGAUCUGCUGACAGAACUAUAAAGAUCUGGGACUUGGCUAGUGGCAAAUUAAAACUGUCAUUGACUGGGCAUAUUAGUACCGUGCGGGGCGUGAUAGUAAGCACAAGGAGCCCAUACCUGUUCUCUUGUGGAGAAGACAAACAAGUGAAGUGCUGGGAUCUCGAAUACAAUAAGGUUAUACGGCAUUAUCAUGGACAUUUAAGUGCAGUGUAUGGUUUGGAUUUGCACCCAACAAUCGAUGUGUUGGUAACCUGUAGUCGAGAUUCAACUGCACGGAUUUGGGAUGUGAGAACUAAAGCCAGUGUACACACAUUAUCUGGACAUACAAAUGCAGUUGCUACAGUGAGAUGUCAGGCUGCAGAACCACAAAUUAUUACAGGAAGCCAUGAUACUACAAUUCGAUUAUGGGAUCUGGUGGCUGGAAAAACAAGAGUGACAUUAACAAAUCACAAAAAAUCAGUUAGGGCUGUGGUUUUACAUCCAAGACAUUACACAUUUGCAUCUGGUUCUCCAGAUAACAUAAAGCAGUGGAAAUUCCCUGAUGGAAGUUUCAUUCAAAAUCUUUCCGGUCAUAAUGCUAUUAUUAACACAUUGACAGUAAAUUCUGAUGGAGUACUUGUAUCUGGAGCUGACAAUGGCACCAUGCAUCUUUGGGACUGGAGAACUGGCUACAAUUUUCAGAGAGUUCACGCAGCUGUGCAACCUGGGUCUUUGGACAGUGAAUCAGGAAUAUUUGCUUGUGCUUUUGAUCAGUCUGAAAGUCGAUUACUAACAGCUGAAGCUGAUAAAACCAUUAAAGUAUACAGAGAGGAUGACACAGCCACAGAAGAAACUCAUCCAGUCAGCUGGAAACCAGAAAUUAUCAAGAGAAAGAGAUUUUAAUGAAUGUGGAAUUUUGUCUCUCUCUUUUUUUUUUUUUUAAUUAAAAAAAAAAAAAACUUGGCGUUGAUGAGGAUAUCCAGUCAUUUUGUGCUCUGGCUGGGAAUAUAAAGGAGAAAUUCACUUGCUUCAAUCAUUGCUGCUUCAUAUUUUACAAUAAACUGUCUCCUGUCCCCUA